AUGAAGGAGACUAAUAGUUCUGUUCCUAGUUCGGAGAUUGCAGAAGAGAAGGUAAUUAGGCAAUAUAGAGAAGCUGAUUCGAUUUCCUGCAAAGGGCGGCAUGUUUACAUUCAAAAGCUGCCGAGGCAAUUCAAUGAAGACAUGCUCAGGCACUGCGAGUCGCUUAAUAAUUGGACGAAUAUGUGUGACUCGUUAUCAAACUUCGGUCUUGGUCCUCAGCUUCCUAAGUCCAAUAAGGUUCUAGGAAACACUGGUUGGUAUGCCACUGAUCAGUUCUCAUUGGAGGUCAUUUUUCACAACAGGAUGAGACGUUACAAGUGCUUGACCGAUGAUUCCUCGGUCGCUUCGGCAAUUUUCGUGCCCUAUUAUGCAGGUCUCGAUGUGGCUAGAUACCUGUGGGAUUCUAACAGAACCUUGAGAGAUGUCGGUCCUUCCGAUCUAGUCCGGUGGCUCAGAAGAAGACAGGAGUGGAAAGUCAUGGGCGGAAGGGAUCAUUUCUUAGUCGCUGGGAGAAUCGUUUGGGAUUUCAGGAGGGAAAAUGACAGACCCCCCAACUGGGGUAACAAUCUCGUGCUUCUGCCCGAAUCGAUGAACAUGACCAUAUUAGUACUCGAGUCUUCGCUUAUAGAUAGAGGCAACGAUUUCGCCAUACCAUACCCCACCUACUUCCACCCUUCGAAGGAUGUGGAAGUAAGGCAAUGGCAAAGCAGAAUGAGAAGGCAAAAAAGGCGUUACUUGUUCUCAUUUGCAGGUGCUCCGAGGAAAGACCUGUAUAACUCUAUCCGUGACAAGAUCAUCAGCCAAUGCCGUGCUUCAAGAAGGAAAUGCAAGCUAUUGGAAUGCGAUUCCAGGGGACACCGGUGUCACAAGCCGAUUUUCUUGAUGAAGCUGUUUCAAAGUUCUGUCUUCUGUUUGCAGCCUCCUGGGGAUUCGUACACCAGAAGGUCGGCCUUCGACUCGAUGUUGGCAGGGUGCAUUCCCGUUUUCUUCCAUAGCGGCUCAGCUUAUGACCAGUACAAGUGGCAUUUGCCGGGUGAUCACUCCAAAUACUCCGUGUUCAUACCGGAAAAUCACGUAAAAUAUGGGAAGGUCGUGCUUGAGAGGCGAUUGCUCCAGAUCCCGAAGAAGGAUGUAUUGGCCAUGCGAGAGGAGGUGAUACGGCUCAUUCCGGCUAUCCUGUAUGCGGAUCCGACGUCGGAACUAGAGAACUAUGAAGAUGCAUUUGAUCUAUCGGUUAAAGGUGUUCUUGAAAGGGUCCAGAGGAUUAGAGAAGAGACGUUAGGCUAG